AUGUCUCGCAUUCUUUUGAUAUUUUUGGCGAUUACACUCGUUUGCUCCGUCAGAGAAGCGAACACUCAACAAACAGUCGACGAAAUCUGCAAACAGACAAUAGACAUCAAAUUCUGCAAUGGGAUCCUUGCCAAGGCUACUUCCCCAAGUGUCAAUGAUCUCUUGAAUGUGACAGUGACAGAAGCACACAAAAUAUUAGACGAUUCGUAUUUCUUCAUCAGCUCGCUCCUUUUACAUUCUGGAAACCAGAGACCCUUUGUGGAAAAAUGUGCUGAUGGUUACGCUAUUAUGAACUCAUUGUUCACGAAUUCUGUAUCUCUUUUUAACAGUGGACAGUACGCUGAGAUCACCUCACGCUUGAGUGGUAUUUCUAGUGCUGAUGAAGAAUGUAAGACGGAUUUUAAUGUGCCCGGUUAUAAUAUCAAUCCGAUGACUGAGAAAAACAGAGAGACAAAUGUUUUACUAGCCUUGGAAAAAAUCCUUGGUCAUAUGGUUUCUUCAUAG